AUGGAGCAGAAUUUGCCGAUCGUCGCCAAGAAAUUCUGGAACAUAGUCCGAGUGAUCUAUUUCAUGGUGCGCAAGGGCAUCAUCUCCAAGGGGAAGCUCCUCGCCGACCUCAACGCCCUCAUGAAGCGCGGCAAAAUCGCCGGGAAGGCCGCCGUCCACGCCCUCGUUUUCCAGCACCACCGACGCUUCGCCGCCGUCGUCGGCGGCGCCGAUGGAGACCGCCGCCUCUCCUUCCCCGAUGCGGACCGCCCGGGCGAGUACGAGUUCAGCUGCAGCAGCACGCCGCAUUUCGGCCUCCCCUUCAAUCUCGGCAGGCGCGUGCGCGGCCAGGGCAAGGCGGCGCCGACGAUCGACGGCGAGCUGGCGGCGGCCGUCCUGGAGAUGAUCGAGAGCGCAGCGGCGUCGCCGGCGCUUCCGGGGUUCGGGCGGACGCCGGCGGUGAGGCAGCUCAGGAUAACAGACUCGCCAUUCCCGGCGAGCUGGGAUGCCGAGGGCGAGGGUAGUAAUUAUCCGGUGGAUGAGGCUGCAGAGGAGUUUAUCAUGAGGUUCUAUAGGGAUUUGAGGCGCCAAAACGACGUCGCUCGCUUGGGAUGCUCUUGA